AUGUUUUCACAAAACGAUCCUCAAACCGGUUCAAGUGAAAUACCUAUGUUUUACGACCGACCGCCUGAACAUCGACUUUCACCACCUCUACCCGGAUACCCUUCUUUAGCGAGGCCUAUCCACGACGUUCCAGCUCAAUUACCAGGGUACCUUACGGAUUUUGGACAAAAUUUCUGGCCUGACCGUCCAUACUAUGACGGACCACCGCCUAUACGUCAAGUAUAUCCUGAAGGCCCACAGAUAGGCCGAUGGGAUCGUCCGGGACCAUGGAGCCCACCACAACCUCUCGCAUGGUCAGAAGGGAGAGAAACCGCUGAUCCUCCCUAUGACCCUACGUGCCCAGCGAAAGAUCACACGUUUAAUAUCUCUGGGGAGCCCCCUGCACAAAUUUCGCGAUUUCGGACGCCACAGCGCCCUAUGCCCGAUCACUAUAGUCCUCCCCAUAAUCACUACAGCCCUCGUGAUCAUUGGAGUCCUCCGCGAAGCCAUUACAGCCCUACCCGCAAUCAUUACAGCCCUCCUCCCGACUGUCAUGCGCCUUUACGAGACCAUUAUUCCCCUCCUCAUUUUGCAGGAGACCGCUAUCGACCACCCCAGCACGCUUUACCUCGAUAUCCGUAUUUGAAUCCGCGAUCAGACUCGUAUCGUCCUCAAUACGACGAUGAUGCAAGUUCAUGGAGCCCUUACGGCGAUGAUUCUCAUACGAACAGGUACGAGGGUCGCCUGAAUGAUGAUCUUUAUACUUCCCAUCCUCCGCGCUCUCCCUCACCACCCCGCCGUGGACGACGGCGCGCCCGUACUCGUAUUCGCGAGCGAUCACUGAGCCCAGCGUCCUCGUCUAUUUAUUCUCCUACUACAGCACGAAUACAUUCGCCCACAAUGAAUGCACGAUGGAGGGCGAGGGGUGGUGAAGACUCGCCAUCCAGCCCUGUUACAAAAUUAAGAGGUGGGGAUUUGGAUAAAUCCUGGAGAGCACCUUCCGUUGGCAGACGAUCACGGUCACACUCCUCAACAUCCUCUGUACCGGGCCUUUCACGAUCGUCUGACGCCAACAAGCAAAAUAACCACAUUGCACCCAUCAGUCCGGCUGCUGAGUCGAGAGUUUUAGCAUGGAACAGGUCACGGCAGAUACGUUCUGCUAAGAGACGUAGAUCGCAUUCCCCGUCGUCUUCUAUUUCAGAUUUCUCGGGUCCACCUGGCUCCACAAGGAGAAAAUUCCCCAGGCGGCGUCGUGCCAGGUUUGGGAAGAGAAAGGGUAAUGCUAAAAAGUCAUCUGCUAAUAGGCAACCCCCUAAGCAUACUCGUCUCAUGUCCCCUGGCCAGUCCUUCAAUGAUGUAAACGACUUAGCUUCUCAAGACUUGCCUGGACUGCGAGGAUUUGCACCUACGAGGAUGCAGAGAUCUGGACGAUUAAUCGGUACAUCCCGAUCGCGAUCUCGUUCCCCAACCGCGGAACCACCGGGAUUGAACGCUCAUGCCAUGGGCACUAUCAAGUCUUCCGUGUCUUCAAGCGCUGCCUCAGCGUCCAAAGGCUCAAUUCCUACGGCCACUCCUCUCCGUAGCCCCGAACCUUCUCCUAUUCCUCGUGAGAGUCAAAAGGUAUCCGAUGAGGAAUCAGAUAUGGAUAUGUCCGCUCCGCCGUCACCCAUACGUGAAGUCUCCGUUCUUGACGUACCACAGUCCCCCAAGGUAUCGAGGCUCACCCCGGAUGACUCUAUAACUGUUGCACUGUUAAGUCCCAUCACAGAAGUCAAAUUCUUAAGGUCUCCCAGUCCUGAUGGCUCCGAUAUGGAUAUGUCUCCACCUCCAUCUCCUAGACUCCGCUCACCGAGUCUGGAUAAAAUACUUGAGCAAGACCGUCCAGACACGGAAACCUCUUCACAUCUGGUUUCUACGCCGGCGAGUCCCUCGUCUGAGCUUCCAGUAGAGGAACCUGUAACAUUUUCAUUGCCUGACAUUCAAGAGCUGCCAGCAACGCAUAAAUCUGCAUCUAUUGCUCUCUAUUACGCCGAAGAAGAGUCCGACAUGGAAAUGUCUCUGCCCGGAUCGCCUGCUCCUCACUCAGUGUCUAUUACGACUGAGGAGUUACCUACCGUUCAUGUUUCCGAGCACCUGCCAUCUCUGAUCCCACCGAUAGAGAGACCUUUGGCUUCUCCAAAAGAGCCGCCACAGAACGAGGCCGCAACUGGACAACCUCUGCCUAUCGUUGACGAGGUGAAAUCUAUUUCCCCUCAAAUCGUAUCAACCGAGAUAGGACCAGCCUCACAGGUUGUGUCUAUAGAGGUUGCAGCGACUUCAGAUUUUACAGCGACGGAUGCGGAAGAGGAAGAAGUGGUCUCGCAAAUUGUCUCGACGGAGGAAGAAGCCGUCUCGCAGCCCGAACUGUUGGAGGAUGUAUCAGUUCAGGAAGUUAUGAUCACUGAAAUGGCGAGGGUCGAUGAACCCAUGCAAGUUGAGCAGACGGAGGUCGAAACGAGCUCUGCUGUCCUGGAGCCAGUAUUUAAAAAAGCUCUGGAGGGACCUUCUGUCGACAUAACAGUGAUGGAGGCAGCUAAAGAAGCUCCUGAGAUCGUGGUGGCAGAAAUGGAACAGGUUCCAGUAACUUCUCCAAUGGCAACGAUAGAGGAGAGAAUUCAUCUGCUGGAUGGAGUCGGUUGUGCCACCACCAUCCCCCAUCUUAAUAUGCAGUCUCCUCAAUUGCCAGUUCCAGCGGUUGAUGACUCUGAGAUGGUCAGUGACAUGGAUGCUAAGCUAACACUUUCUGCAUCUGUCCCAGAGGCCCUGGAAUCAGCUAUUGAGAUUGGAGCAUCCCAACAAGAUAAGCAAAUCGAGGACCAUGUAGCUGUUGCCGACAAUGUCAUGCCAGCAGAGGAACGUUUAAGCACAGACGAAGAUGCCCCUGAAGUACCCGCUGGAAACUCUCUCACUGAGCCUCUACGGGUCGUCGUGAUGACGAGGCUACGUUGUGACCGUCAAACCAAGAUGGAGCGUGUCCAGCCGGUUUUGCUGGCUAACCUCGCGAUUGCCGAGCCUCCUCUGACCGAUUCCCACUUGUCAUCCAACGCUCUGAUUCAUAGCGUCUAUGAAGGGCAACGCUUGCUGUCUCGGGAUGAGGUGCAUUCAAGGACAAGACCCUCUCUCCAGAUCCUCUUCGCUCAACGACAAGCGACAUUAUCCGAGAAGGUGCAACGACUACGAGAAGAGUACCUAGUAUUGCAUGAACGCUGGCUUGCUCACUGUUCCAAAUUAGACGAGGCUGCAAAGGCCACAGCUCUAGAGGAAGCCGCAGCGACCGCUGGCAGGACUACGCGCCGUUCAGCUGCCCUGGGAGAUGCCGUGCGGACAGACCUAGAAAUGGAGCAGAUUAUUGCCAGUCUGGGCAACGAGGAACUCACUGACGCUAACCACCUGGCCGCUCGUAAUGCUGCAGUAAUUCCCGAUAUGAUUUCCGUUACACACGGGUCGGUCGAUUAUGUCUUUGACGAUACCAAUAAUGCCGUUGACAACCCCGCUGAAUUUUAUGCGCCGACUUCCGGCGUGGACGAUUGGACCGAGGAGGAAAAGGCCAUCUUCAUCGACAAAUACGCGUUGUACCCGAAGCAAUUUGGUCUUAUUUCGGAUUUCCUCCCAUACAAGAGCCCAGCGCAAUGCAUCACUUAUUAUUAUCUCCACAAGAAGACGCUUAUUGAUUUCAGGAAGGUCAUAUCGCGGCACACGAACGGGAAGAGGAAGCGCGGUGGGGGACGGCGCACAGAUAAGAAGAAGGGCAACGCGCUGCUGACGGACAUUCGCAAGCACGACGAUGAGAUUUCGCGAGAUUCCACUCCUACCGGCCCUGUAACCCGUCGUAGACGGGGUGCCGCAGCUCAUGCAGCAGCCGCUGAAUCGAAACGGCCAGCAUUGUCAAGGAGAAGCACGAUGCAGUUUGAGGAAUCUCCUCUGUCUACCCCAACUCCAGAUCCCGAGCCUCAGCCAGACAGCCGAAGACGACGGCGUACGACCAAACCGACAGUGCGCGCGGCAGUAGCGACGGACCAAGAUGCUGAUGAUGAACCCGCGGACUUGGAACAGGGUAGACCUGCGAAAAGGGGGCGAAAGACUCGCAAGAUGAAAUCGGCUGAAAACGUUGUUUCACCCGUGGUGCCGGAAGAGACUCCCAUGAUGUAUAGUGAAACGCGGUUUAUCGACCAAACGGAACUCACUUCACGUAAGAAAGCCACGCCCGGUAGCGUCCACUGGUCCGAGGAAGAUAAAGACCUGUUUCUGGAUUUGUUAUCUCAACAUGGGGCUGACUUCAAACGCAUUGCGGCAUCAAUGCCCAAUAAGACGACGAUUCAAGUGAGUGCCUUUUACAGGGCCAACGUGGCGAACCUGGGGCUCGUCAGGGUAGCGAAUAGUGCGCCUAAGCGAUCACCCACGCCAGAUGGCCCGUCGGAGUGGAAGGAGACUUCACUUCCGGGGUCAGGAAUGUUCACACCCAGCACUGCAACAUCGACACCUCCGCCCGGUGGUCCUCUACCGGCCCAUGUUGUCGGCAUCGAGACGCAAUUUCGUUUGAACGAUCCUGCUACAUUUCGCCAGCGGACGAUCGAAAGGCACGUUACCCCACCAGAGAUGCAUGCAACUUCUUUUAUACCAUCUAACCCCACGGGUCUGGUAGCCUCGUCCUCGAACGGCUUGCGGUUCCAUCUCCCGCCGAUGGAAGGCAUUCUCACUCAACAAUAUGGCACGCAGCAUGAUGGCGAAAUGGGCAUGCUGGCUGCCCUUGGGCCGAUCCCUUCGCACAUGACCGUGCCGUUCGAACUCAUGCCCCAUGCGCUUGGAAUACCGCCUGGCCAGACUCAGGCAACGAUGACGUCGACGUUCCCGUCAAGCUUUGCGUACUCGAAUUUAUCGCCAUCGCACUUUGUCGGAGAGCAGCGCAUGCCGUCGCGCCCGCCGCCUGUGCGUGGGCUUACGCCCCCCAGCGCGCCGUCGAGCGCGACGAUGACGUUUGACGCAUCGGUGUUUACUCAGCAGGCGUGGUCGUUCCAGCCAUAUGCGCCAUCGAUGACGGGCCCGGACAUGCCGACGGCGCUGCAGACGACGGAGGACUUGGUGGCGUAUCUGGAACAUCGCACGCGGUUCGCGGGAGAGCGGCCAUCUGACGAUUUCAUGUAG